GUUCCUCCGAUAUUUCACACUAUUGUUCUUCGCUCGACGUCUCCGAGCUACAGGGAAGCUGUGCUGGUCGAAAAGGUCAAAGGUCACUCCUUUGCCAUAAACCCGGCCUUUUUGACGGACUCUUCAUCAUCUUCUUCUUAUAAGUUUUAUUACUAAGCCACCUGAUGGAUGCCUUGAUGCUGUGAAGCUCUGCUGUGAGACGGCUCUGUAGACGCUACUGACGAUGGCGAUGACACUAAGCGAGUUCACUCGCUCUCUGGACCCUGAAACUCUGCCCAGGAUUCUGCAGAUCCAGUCUGGGAUUUACUUUCAAGGUUCAGUGUACGAGCUGUUCGGGAGAACCUGCUGCCUCUCCACUGGAGAUCUGAUGAAAAUAAUCGAGAUCACCAUCACAAGGUUCGUCGCGCACACUUCCGAUGGGACGGACAUCAACCUGCCGCUGGAGUACCCGGGUCUCUUCAGGAUUGUAGCAGAUGCUGAGCCUUAUCAGAGCAUCAGGGAGAUCGUACAAUCACUGAAGAUUGGAUCUCAUGUACUCGGCCAGCCGACGUUCCUGUCCUUGGCUAAAAUCACCCUCCAGCAAGGCUCGCUGAGGAAGCGAGAGAUCUUCCGAAUCACCUCGGUCUCUCACAACCUGGACAGCGGAGAAGGUCACGUCCAGUGCGAGGUCCUUCAUCGAGAGCCCAAGUUCUGCUUCAAGCUCAGCCUGUCGCAGCAAGGGAACUUCGUGGAGUCCGAGGAUGAUCAGUUUUACACACUCCAAGAGCUCGCCAAGUGGAAAAUUCCCAACGGAAGAAAGAGAGUGGUGACUGUGGUAAAAGAUGUGGCUGUGAAGGAUUUGCUGUUUUCCAAUCUGCUGGAAAACGUCUGUGGGGAGUUGACGUUAACACCUGUGUACGAGUUACAAGCUGUAAUGUCGGUGGGCAAGAACAUCGUGGUCAUUCCGUCCAACCUGGAUGUGGAAGUCAUGGACGUGACGGAUCGGUCCGACAUGGUCUCUUUCAUCCAGCCGGUUUCCCUCCAGGAUGUGUUCCAAAAACCUAGUGAGAGUUUUCCCUUAGUGGCUGAAGUGAUCGAAAGGCCUACGGUUGAAGGCAACAUGCCGGAAGAGCUAACGUCCUUGUUAGAGUGCACAAAAAUCAUCCUGCACCGUGCUUACAAAGCCAAGCGCAUCCUCGCCACGGAAAUCUGCCAGGAAUCGCCCCGGCGGUUCCUGAUUCCAACAAGCUACAACGGACGCUUAAAGCGGCGGCCUCGCGAAUUUCCGACCGCGUAUGACCUCCAGCGGGCGCAAAGCGACACCGAGAAGCUGCACGUUGUGGCCACUCGGGCUUUCGAUUCCACUUAUGAUGGUUUGGCGUCUGUUUUCGCAGGGGAUGAAUUUCUAGUGAAGAAAAAAGAACCAAAGCCUGGCGAAACGGCAAAUACGAAGGAUUCCCUGCUGUGCAUGAAGAUGAAAGGGAAAGCCCACGAGGCCGUACAACUCCCCCUGUUUUUAGACGGGGGAUAUAUGGAGGUUAUCCACGAUAAACGUCAGUACUCGCUUUCGGAGGUCUGCCGUUGGUUUCCGUUGCCAUUCAACGUCAAGGUUUCCGUACGCGAUCUUUCAUUUAAGGAGGACAUUCUGGCCAGAGUCCCAGGGCUGCGCAUCGAGGAGGAAAUUGUUGACCCGUUUUUGCUCAUCUCCACCAUGGACCUCUCGAGCUGGUGGGAGAUCGCGGUGAACCGCACCCACAUGACCCUUCACGUGGAGAAACGGUGGAACGAUGGCGAAGCUGCUUGUAACGUCACCUCGUUUGUCGAAGAGAUUUCUGAGAAAUGUUACUACACCAUGAGGAGGUACGCAAUGGCCACGCUAACACCCCCGCCACGCCCACCCAAAACACCCAAACGACCUCCAGAGCGACCAACCAGGAUGUCACAAACAAAAGCAGAGAAACCCAUCAUUUGCUCACCAAAGACUGCUCGGGUAAGCCGAGAGACGUUCUCUGACUGCACUACGCCAGAGAUGGAGAAAAGCCCAUUGAUUCCCGCUACGUUACCCAGAGCGACUCUACAGAGAGCUGUCAGCCGAGGCCGCAGUCUGGAGGAGGUGUGUGUAAAACAAGCAGACGAUGAUGACGCUCACGAUUACGAAUACAUCGACGAGGACGAACUCGAGAACAUCAGGAAGCAGUUAAAUGAGCAGUCUAUUAGCAUUCCCGCUAAAGCUAAACCGAGUAACACGAUAUAGAUUUUAUGUAAAUCACACUAGAUGGUGAAAAAAUGACCUACCAAAUGAAAUCUACACACCUGGGUAUCCCCCCAUACACCCCCCCGGAUCGGUUGUUAGCAUGUUUGCAUAAAAUCUAUUCACCUGCAUAUGGAAAUGUUUACAUUUAUGCCUUCAGAAGGAAAACGUCACAGUGAGAAGGCUUUAUCAUCAUCCUCCUAACUCUGGAUUAGCAUGCUAGCAGGUGUGACAAUGAAUUAGCCACUUUGCAUAUGCACAUACACACUAUGCGAAUAAAAUAACUGAGAAUGUAAUGUUUGAUGAAAGUAUUGAUUUUUUUUUGUUUUGUUUAUUUACCGCAGCACCUAAACGUUAACAGUAAAACGACUCAUUUUGGAAAAGAAUGAUAACCAGUUUUUUCCUGAUUAUUUGUGUCCACAAAUCUAGACAAUAAAAAUUAUCUUCUUUUGCAAUUCUUCUGAUUGAU